AGGACGAUCGGAUUAUCUUCUCAUAGAGAGCUCAAACCUUGCGUACAUAGAACAUCUGUCAUGUCUGCACCGGGCAUCACCCAGUUCAAGGUUCUCCUCUUUGAUGUCUACGCCACACUCGUUGACUGGGAGACGGGAAUAUUCGAGGCUAUAAAACCGAUGCUAGGAAGACUUGGCUCGCCUCUUGCCAAGUCGAAGCGCGACACACUGCUGGCCUUCGAGAGCGUGGAAAUUGACCUCCAAGCGAAAUACCCCACGAUGUUAUACUCAGACAUACUUGCGCACGUGCACGCGGAACUCAAACGACGCAUCUCUAACAAGCCGUCCCUCCCUCACGGGGUCGCCACGGCGCCCGUCGAGGAAUCCCGAGCCGAGGGCGCGCCGUCAUCUACUCUUACCACGGCGGGCACAUCUGCCGCUGCUGGCCAGCCCGCGACGCCGGGCCUGGAGGAGGAUGACAUCGCCUUCGGCAAGAGCAUAUCCAAGUGGCCUGUGUUCCCCGACACCAUCGCCGCGCUCGCCACGCUGUCCAAGCACUACAAGCUCGCCGUGCUCUCGAACGUCGAUCACCAGUCGUUCGCUGCCACCCGCGAGAUCCUUGAACGCUCUGAUACCGCGAACCAGUUCACCUUCGACGUCGUCUUCACUGCACAGGAUAUCGGCUCGUACAAGCCGGAUCCGGCGAACUUUGAGUACGCGCUGAACAAGCUGGACGGGCUGUUCGGCGCAAAGAAGAGUGACGUCCUAGUGACCGCCGCGUCGCUAACGCACGACCAUACUCCUGCUAACCAGCUCGGAAUCAGGAGUUCGUACAUUGCCCGAGAGGGCGCGGUGAUGAGCCAAAGCAGCCCUGCAAAGUAUGAUUGGAGGUUCACGACGCUCGGAGAGAUGGCUUCAGAAGUGGAGAGGCAGGCGAGGGCUUGAGCACCAGAGGGACUUACGGCGUGUCUAUCUUUGCUAGGAUGUCUCAGUAUUGUGCCGUGAUGAAAAGAAGAACGAUCAUGUGAAAUGUUGUAC